CCCGAAGCGAGGGGAGACAUGCUUUGCGGGGAGGCCUGGCCGAGCCCCCCUUCUCCUCCUUCGGCCGCUGGAGGGCGGUAUGGAGCGCCCCAAGCCUUCCGCGCAGGCUUUGCUACUGUAGCAGUCAGGCAUUUUCCCUUCCUGUUUGGAGACCAACCUUGCCUUGUUUAAAAAACACACACACAUACACACACCUAGAAGACUCCGAGGGACUGGCACCUUGAACUUGGCCUUGAUUUAUUUCCCUCGCCCCUCCUUUCCUCUCCCUUUUUCCCCCCCCCCCCUUCCUCGAGCCUUUUCACCCCGUUCCGCUCCUCUCUUUCACCAAACCUCUCCCUUUCUCCUCCUCCUCCUUUUCUCCUUCCCCUCUUCCCCGCUCUCCCUUCCUCCCCCUUUUUUUUCCACCCCACCCUCCAUCCUUUCCUUCUUCCAUGGCGGAGACAAAAAUAAUUUACCAUAUCGAUGAAGAAGAGACCCCUUAUCUGGUGAAAUUGCCCGUUUCUCCGGAAAAAGUCACUUUGGCGGAUUUUAAAAAUGUCCUCAGUAACCGGCCGGUGCAUAGCUACAAAUUCUUCUUCAAGUCGAUGGACCAGGAUUUUGGGGUGGUAAAGGAAGAGAUCUCGGAUGACAACGCAAAACUCCCGUGUUUCAAUGGACGUGUCGUCUCCUGGCUGGUCCUGGCCGAGAGCUCCCAUUCGGACGGCGGAUCGCAGUGCGCAGAAAGCCACACCGAUCUUCCUCCUCCCCUCGAGCGAACCGGAGGCAUCGGAGACUCUCGCCCCCCUUCCUUUCACCCAAAUGCCUCAAGCAGCCGAGAUGGGCUGGACAACGAAACAGGAACCGAGUCGGUGGUCAGCCACCGGCGAGAUCGUCACCGGCGGAGGAACCGAGAAGGCCACGAAGAUGUCUCUCGCAUCAACGGACACCCGAAACUUGACCGACUCUGGGAGCCUCCGCCCGGUUAUGAUAGCUCCUCCACUGUGAUGAGCAGCGAACUUGAAUCCAGCAGCUUUGUGGACUCGGACAAUGAAGAAAACACCAGCAGGCUGAGUAGCUCCACGGAGCAGAGCACGUCGUCCCGUCUGAUUCGCAAGCACAAGCGUCGGCGAAGGAAACAGAAAAUGCGACAGAUCGACCGGUCUUCCUCCUUCAGCAGCAUCACCGAUUCCACCAUGUCCCUCAACAUCAUCACGGUCACCCUCAACAUGGAAAAAUACAAUUUUCUGGGAAUCAGCAUCGUAGGACAGAGCAACGACAGGGGCGACGGCGGCAUUUACAUCGGCUCCAUCAUGAAGGGCGGGGCAGUGGCGGCGGAUGGACGAAUUGAGCCAGGCGACAUGCUUUUGCAGGUGAAUGAAGUAAACUUCGAGAACAUGAGCAAUGACGAUGCCGUGCGGGUUUUACGGGAAAUAGUCUCCAAGCCUGGACCCAUCAGCUUAACAGUGGCCAAAUGCUGGGACCCUACGCCCAGGAGUUACUUCACAAUCCCUAGAGCUGAGCCGGUGCGGCCGAUCGACCCCGCGGCCUGGAUUUCUCAUACCACGGCUUUGACGGGAGCGUACCCCCGUUACGGUAUGAGUCCUUCCAUGAGCAUCAUCACUUCUACCAGCUCCUCACUAACAAGCUCAAUUCCCGAUUCGGAAAAACUGGAUGAGACUCCUUUGACGGUGAAAACCGACAUGGCCACCAUUGUCAAAGUGAUGCAGUUGCCAGAUUCCGGGCUGGAAAUUCGAGACAGGAUGUGGUUAAAAAUCACCAUCUCCAACGCAGUGAUUGGAGCCGAUGUCGUUGACUGGCUUUACACCCACGUGGAAGAUUUCAAAGACCGCCGAGAAGCCCGGAAAUACGCCAGCAGCAUGUUGAAGCAUGGCUACCUCAGACACACUGUGAAUAAGAUUACUUUCUCAGAACAGUGCUAUUAUGUGUUUGGAGAUCUUUGUGGCAAUAUGGCUGCAAUGAACCUCAACAACGGUUCCAGCGGGGCUUCUGAUCAAGACACCCUGGCCCCUCUACCGCACCCCUCCACGCCUUGGCCGCUGGGGCAAGGUUAUCCUUACCAGUAUCCCCUCGCCCCUCCGUGUUUCCCGCCAGCCUACCAGGACCCUGGCUUCAGCUACGGCAGCGGCAGCGCGGGAAGCCAGCACAGCGAAGGAAGCAAAAGUAGCGGCUCGAACCGAAGCAACAGCGAGAAAAGCCGGCGUCGGGAGAAGGACCACAAGUCAGCCGGCGGUGGCGGUAGCAGCAGCGGCUCGGACCCGGUCACCUGGGGUGGGGGGAGCAUCCUGCGGCACGAGCGGCCCCCCAGCCAGCUGAGCCACCGCAGCCACGUCUCGGCCACCCUCAGCCAGAGAAGUCCUCGCAGCCACCACUCUUACGGCCCGCCGGGUGGGCUGCCUUCUCUGGGGCCCUUCCCCAAGCUGGGAGGCAAACUCUACGCCAUCAGCGGGCCGCCCGGAGGGCCUCCCGUCCGGGAACUUAGCGCCAUCCCUCCCGAACUGACCGGGAGCCGCCAGUCCUUCCAGAAAGCCAUGGGCAACCCGUGCGAAUUCUUCGUGGACAUCAUGUAAACAGAAGUGCCUUCCUAGAGAGUCCGUGCAGGAGGAUUCCUAUUCUGUUGACCUAUGUUUUUCUUUUCUUUUUUCUUUUUUUGUUUUGGUCUUUCAAAGCAACGGGAAAAGAGAGCGCCCCCCCCCCCACACCCACACCCCCCCCCCACUCCCCCCCCCCCCCCCUUGACAAUCUUUUGCAUGUCACACCCUUCUGAUUCUUGGUUGUGUUUUUCCAGCCAACGGGGAAGAACGAUUCCAGGCAUAUUUUUGUCUUCCCCCCCCCCCCCCCCCCCCCCCUUCCCUUUUUUUUUUUUUUUUUGGUAAUGUGAUUGAUAGAUGUCCUCGCCAAGAUAUCUCUUAAAUGAACUUUGUUAUGCGUGGCACCUUUUCUCAGUGCAAUUUUACUGUGUUCUCCUUGGCUUAUUAACCAAGGGAUCGUAUUUGAUAUAAUAGUUUAAAAAACAAAAACUAAUACAAAAGCAGCAAACGGCAAUUUUCCAGUCCUGCAUAUUUUGCACCAUAUUCUCUCUCUCUCUCUCUCUCUCUCUCUC